AAAAGAAAACCCUACCUCACCUAUUCUUUCUUCCCUCUCUCUCAGACUCUCAUUUUAUUUCUUCACGGAGAGUUGAAGAACGGGGGAGAUACCAACAACGACGAAGUGCAGCCACCAACAACGACGCCAUCCUUUCGAUAAGCUUCGACGCCACACAAAACUGUUGGAAGAAAAUGGUGUAUGGAAUGCCAUCGUAUGGGAUACAAUCAAUGCUUAAAGAAGGGCACAAGCAUCUAUCUGGACUGGAUGAAGCUGUGCUCAAGAACAUUGAUGCUUGCAAGCAGCUCUCUACCAUCACCAGAACUUCUCUCGGUCCCAAUGGUAUGAACAAGAUGGUUAUCAAUCAUUUGGACAAGCUUUUCAUUACAAAUGAUGCUGCCACUAUUGUGAAUGAACUUGAGGUUCAGCAUCCCGCAGCCAAGAUUUUGGUUUUGGCGGGCAAGGCUCAACAGGAGGAGGUAGGAGAUGGAGCUAAUUUGACAGUUUCGUUUGCGGGGGAGCUCCUUCAAAAUGCUGAGGAGCUCAUAAGGAUGGGAUUGCACCCAAGUGAGAUAAUCAUAGGCUACACGAAAGCAAUUAAUAAGACUGUUGAAAUCUUGGAUGAAUUGGUUGAAAAAGGUUCUGAAAAGAUGGAUGUAAGGAACAAGGAUGAAGUUAUUAAACGAAUGAAAGCUGCUGUUGCUAGCAAGCAAUUUGGGCUGGAGGAUAUUUUAUGUCCUCUUAUUGCUGAGGCUUGCAUACAAGUAUGCCCCAAGAACCCUGCAAACUUUAAUGUGGAUAAUGUCCGGGUUGCAAAGCUUUUGGGUGGAGGUUUGCAUAAUUGCACUAUUGUUCGAGGUAUGGUUUUGAAGAAUGAUGCUGUUGGGUCCAUAAAGCGAGUAGAAAAAGCCAAGGUUGCCGUGUUUGUUGGUGGUGUUGAUACAUCUGCAACUGAAACAAAAGGAACAGUCCUUAUUCAUAGUGCUGAGCAGCUAGAGAAUUAUGCAAAAACUGAAGAAGCCAAAGUUGAGGAACUCAUCAAAGCAGUUGCAGACUCAGGUGCCAAGGUUAUUGUUAGUGGAGCAGCAGUUGGAGAGAUGGCACUGCAUUUCUGUGAGCGUUACAAGCUUAUGGUCUUAAAAAUCAGCUCCAAAUUUGAACUGCGACGAUUUUGCCGUACAACUGGUGCUGUUGCUCUUUUGAAGCUUGGCCCACCAAAUCCAGAUGAUUUGGGGUACGUUGAUUCUGUGUCAGUGGAGGAAAUUGGUGGUGUUAGGGUCACCAUUGUGAGAAAUGAAGAAGGUGGAAACUCUGUAUGCACUGUGGUCCUACGAGGAAGUACCGAUAGUAUAUUGGAUGACCUUGAAAGAGCAGUUGAUGAUGGUGUGAAUACAUACAAGGCAAUGUGCAGGGACAGCCGUAUGGUACCUGGAGCUGCAGCUACUGAAAUUGAGUUGGCUAGAAGACUGAAGGAGUUUUCUUUUAAGGAAACAGGAUUGGAUCAAUAUGCUAUUGCAAAAUUUGCUGAGAGCUUUGAGAUGGUACCUAAAACCCUGGCUGAGAAUGCUGGCCUGAACGCAAUGGAAAUAAUAUCUUCUUUGUAUGCUGAACACGCAUCUGGAAACAGCAAGGUAGGCAUUGACUUGGAGGAAGGUGUAUGCAAGGAUGUCUCGCCCAUGAAUAUUUGGGACCUGCAUGUCACCAAGUUUUUUGCUCUCAAAUAUGCUGCAGAUGCUGCUUGCACUGUGCUGCGUGUAGAUCAGAUUAUAAUGGCAAAACCAGCUGGUGGACCAAGGAGGGAGCAGCCUGCUGCGGGGAUGGAUGAGGACUAAGGUUUUGUAUGAGCUCGGGGCAAGUGACUGUAAUGACCAUGCUUGGGCAAUGUUUUUGUUCUUUUUGCAUGCCAAAGACUCGGUCUAAGAAAUUUUUGUUUUAAAAUGGCGUAGAUGGUGUUCCUUGUAUAAUUUACUUGUAUUUUAUUUUUUUGAAAAAAAAAAAUUGAAGUUUGUUUAUGGGGUGAUCUUAAUUUUUCUUGUGUUAGUGCUGUGAACUUAAAACUGAUACCAGGGAUACCACUUGGCAUUAGCAUUUAAAUUGUUCAGUUGAAAUCUUAGAGCCUGAUUUCCAAUUA